AUGACGCCGCCGCUGAGCAUCGGCGCCGCGUUCCAGAUCGCGGAGGGCGACCUCGACAUCGGCGACGUCAUCGGGUCCGGCGCCUUCGGCACGGUCAAGGCCGCCCGGUGGCGCCACACGCCCGUCGCCGUCAAGGUGCUCUACCACGACGCGCGCGCGGACGACCGCCAGCUCUUCGAGAAGGAGGUGCAGCUCAUGGCGACGCUGCACCACCCGAACAUCGUCCAGUUCCUGGGCUACGCCCACACGCCGGCGCUGGCGCUCGUCCUGGAGAUCUUCGAGAACGGCUCCAUCGAGGCCUACGUGCCCGCGAAGGCGCCCGGCGUGAAGCGGUCGCACGGCUUCUGCGUCGACAUGGCGCGCGCGGUCGAGUACCUCCACAGCCGGCGGCCGCGCCUCGUGAUCCAUCGCGACAUCAAGCCGCCGAACUUCCUGCUGACGACGUCGCUGGUCGUGAAGCUCGGCGACUUUGGCAUCGCG